CCCGAUUUCCGGAACUACAUCCUCAACCUAACCACCUCACAUUUCAUCGUUUACUAUGUUGGAAGCAUUCAAGAUUAAGGAGUUCAACCUGGAACCUAUCUACGAGACUUGGCAGAACCCUCCCAGAUUCUUGGGCGAGUCGAAGAAGGAUAUGCCCGUCGAUGACUUUCUGCAACAGAUUAGAGCUGGUUGCGCCGAGCGGAAGGUGCCAGAGGAGUACUGGCACAAAGUCGCUCAACACUACAUGGGAGAAAAGGCGAAAGCCCGACUCCAGGAACUCAAAAGCGUCAUGGCGAAAGUCAAUGGGGGCAAGUAUCGCUGGAGCUGGAAGAAGUUCACGAUUGCGAUGCGUAACAUGGGGUGGGAGAUCGAAGCCGACAUCACAGAGACUGUUCAGAUCCACUCUAAACCGUCAGGCAUGUUGUGGCUUACGAGAAGGAAAUCCUUGAAAGACAAGGAUGGGUCGCACAAGGAGUUGACCUCUUCUGAAAUCGUAGAACUUCCGCCGCCCCUGCCGCCCCUGCCACCCCUGCCGUCCCCUAAGCAGGGACGGCCAAACCCGAUAAAGAUGCUUUCUGAUUCAGCCCUCGCCGCUUCGGCUGUAAUCAGGACUCGCAAGAUGCCAACCCGUGCGAAUUCCAUGGCUUCUGCGAUGACCUCCAGCACGGUUUCAUCUAACCAUACCGUAACCUCCAACCACGCGUUAGCCUCCAACCAUACGUUGACCUCCGACAAUGCGGUAACUGCCUUAUCUCCUCCAUCAGCUGACGGCACUGUCACCGCUAUAUCAAACGCACCAACAUGGCUCCUCAAUGCGUGCAACGCCCUCAAUUUUUUGAGUGCGGAGCAUCCACGAGCCAUGACGACUCUGAGUGCUGUCCUUAUCACUGCAGGGACCCUCCCUGCAAUCCCUGCGAUCAGCGGAGGGACCGUCCUCGCUUCUGGCGUCGCUCAAGCAGUGGGCGCCAUAGCUGUGGGCGUCGGAAAUCUACUCAAGGCUCAGCAAGAAGGCCAAGUACAAGCAAAUGGCCCGCACCCACCACCCCCAGCACGAUCAUCUACCUUCUAAUCCCGAUAGGCGGCGAUUCAGUAAGGUUUUUCGUACUUAUGGGCUCCGCAGCAUUCAAGCUCGCUGGACGAGCUCGUGGACAAUAUGAAAAUAAAUUGCAAUAUUAUCUAUACCCUUGCAUCACCUUGCAUACAUACACUGCAUUCUACUGAUUUCAAAUUUUUGGGAAGUCGAUAGCUAUAUCUGUGCGCUUUACGUGCCGACGCAUCAUGUACAGGACAAUGUAAUAGCUAGAUGAAGGGGAAGCAAUCCAUAUUGCUCAAUUGUUGAC